AUGGACGAAUGGAAGCGGACAUUAAUUCUGACAAACGCCGUGCUCUCCUUCUUCACCAACCUAAUCUUACUGUAUUUUAUCGCACGCCACUCACGACGGCACAUUAGUGGAUACAAGUUUCUACUCGCAAUUUUUGCUCUAUUCAAUAUUUGUUUUGCUGUGACGCAGGCUACAGUACUGCCUGACUACAUGCAAUUUUCCAUGCUCAACGAAUACGGGUUAGAUUCUGAAACGACACCAAUGUUGGGACCGAUAUACUUUGUAAUUCGACAAUCCGGACGGAACCCGACGCACGAAUUGGCUGUCCUGUCUGGGCUCUUUUUAUUGUAUUUCGCUACGGCUUGUUUCUCGACAAUCCUCUACUGUUCCCGAAAAAUCGACGCUGUCCUGUCGAAAAGUCGGAUGAGUGAGAGGGCCCGGCGACUUCAGAAGGAUCUUUUUAAAGCGCUGUUAAUACAGCUCAUCGUUCCUGGAAUCUCUAAAUUCUUGCCCGGGACUUGUAUGUUCACGUUUCCGCUUUUUGGCCUAAACACGGGAAAACUGGCCAAUUACGCGGCAGUGCUCGCUUCCUUUAAUACCGUACUGGAGCCGAUAUUUUUGCUGUAUUUCGUCAAGGACUACCGCUACGCGAUAUUACGAAUGGCUGGCAAACGCGAUAGUAGCGGAACGUACUACAUCUCGGAAACUGGGGAAAAAAUUGAGCGCAGCUUGACGUAUGCCCAGAAACCGAUCUCUCCGAGGACGGCGACAAUGUUG